CCAGUCAUCCGGCUCCAAAACAAACCGACUGAUGUUUCCGUGUUCUCCGUGUAAAGCGCCUAUUUAAAGCAGACGAGCUCUAACAGCUUAUAUAUACAUAUGUAUAUUUCCCGUUCUGACAUCUUCUGAGUCGAGAGAAACCGAAAGAAAAGAGAUAAGAAAUGGGCCGAAAGCUGGACAUGUCGAAUCUGACAGAAGAGGAGGUGGGUCAUGUGCUGCAGGUGGUGCAGAGAGACAUGCAGUUACGUAAGACAGAAGAAGAGCGUCUUAGUGAGUUGAAACAGGAGCUGGAUCAGGAGGAGAGUCGUUGUGUUCUGCUGUCACGCAAGUGUGGCUUUAAUGAGCGGUGCUGCAUCCGAUGUUGCACAUCCUUCACCUUUUUUCUGAAGCCACGCCGCCGCUGCUUGGACUGUCGCUACAACGUCUGCAAGCGGUGCUGCUCGUAUUCUGAAACUGACAAAAGCUGGCUGUGCUUCGCUUGUGAGAAGAGCAGACUUCUGAAGACACAGUCUCUAGAGUGGUUCUACAGUAAUGUGAGAAGACGGUUUAAGAGGUUUGGCAGUGCCAAAGUGCUGAAGAUGCUCUACAGGAGGCACAUUGGAGACCAGGGGAGCCAGGCUGAAUUUACAGAAGGAAGUACAUAUGCUGAAAGCACUGAUGACAGUGUUUAUGAGAGUGACUCUACAUUCUACAAACAUACUGAAGAGCGGAGUAUGGCAGAGAGCAUCAGUGUGGCAUUGCGUGUGGCUAAAGAGGCCAUAGAUGAGGCUAUUACCAAGGCAGAGAAACAACCAGGCAACCAGGAGAAACUGAAGGAGGCUUGUUACCUACGGGACAACAGAGGAGAGCUGAUAGAAGAGCUGACCACCAUGAUUCUGCAGACAAUUAUCUGCAAGAGUCGAGAUCUAUCUGAGAUGCAUACAGAAUGUAAUUUGGAGACCCCACCUGAUCAGAACAGUAAUUCCCAAUCAGCCUCCUCACUUCUCACUGAUGAAAUUCUGGCCCAGCAUAAUAGAACUGAGCAGAGUUCCAUGAACUGCAAACAAGGGCUAAAAAAGGAUGAAGUCCCGGCUGUUGCAAGCUGGAAUCAGAAUAUGGACUGGAUGGAAAACUCCUGUGCAUCCUCAGUGCUGCAGAGUCCAGAUGGAAAUUGGUUUGCCCUGCAGAGUACCCAGAUGCCUACGCUGAGCCUACCGACCAAGCGUGAGAACCUGAUGUUCAGUGCGCUGGAGAAAGAAUCUGGUGUGAUCUCAGCCUAUGAUGGAAUGGCCUCUGACACUGAGUCAGACUCUGACGGAGCAUGGGGUGCUGCCCGGGGGCGGAAACUGUGCACCAGCUACCUGUUAAAUGACCAUCAUGCCACCGGCCCCAAGCCAGCUAUUAAAAUAUCCACAAAAUAUACUUCUGACCAACCCCAGAGUGACAGUGACCAGAACAACCCUGUGCCCCAAAUUAAUAGCCCAUCACUUCCCCUCCUAAAGAGGAAGGUGUCUCUAGAGAACAGGUACAGGCCUUGCCAAUGCCAUAGUGCCAUGGGUGUGACCACAAACCCUUAUGGUGGAGAAAGUAGCGAGGAUGGCCUAGAGGACAACAGGGUCAAGAGGACACGACGGAGGAGAAGACAUAAGCGUGAGGCUACAGAGGGGAACAGCUUGAGAGUAUGCAGUGGAGAAAGGCUGUCUUUAUCUGAACCUCAGGAUUAUGGCAGGAUGCUAUUAAAUUACCUUUUGAAAUGCCAGAGCAAGAGGCAGAGUGUCUCAGAGUUUCCGAGUGAUGAAACCGUGAAUGCAGACACACCAGACUCUGUGACCCCAGACAUUCUGAAAUCUGGUGCCAUGACUCCUGAUGCUUUUACACCAGAUGCAGAAGACCCCACCACUGAGCAUCAUGUUCUGAAUAGUACUUCAGAUCAGCAGCUGACAUCCAAACUGAGAGAACUGACCAAUCAUGCCAAUGGAACACAGCUCUCCUUAACCAGGAAUGGGCUUGAUGGAGUAGAAGAGCCUGUAGAUAGAGAGAGGGAAAAGAAAGAAGAGAGGGACAAAGAGAAAAGAGAAGAAUUAAGUGAUAUGGAGGUGAAUGUAGGACAGAAAGUCUCUGAGGUAAAAGAAGAAAAAGAUCAAAAUGUAGGCAACAGGUUAAUAGAUGUAGAAGACAAUGAGAGAGAAAACAAAAAAUUAAAGAAUUCAGAAACACAGAGCACAAAUAUGAUCGAUAAUUUGCACAAUGAAGAGACAGUAGAGAAACAAAGUGCACCUGAAAUAGAGAGAACUACCAGAAUGUCACUGGAAGAACCCAAAGAGCAUAGACAGAGAGAAUUAUAUAGCACUUAUAACACUGACUCAGAGAGGCAGAUUAAAACUAAUGAAGACGAAGCAAAUUAUUUGAGUGAGAGAACGCAUGAAGAUCAGAAUGCUGAACAGGGAAAGAAAGACAGAUCAGAAUGUACACAGGGAGAUGAUACUGAGUCGGAACCUGUAAAAAAUCAAGACAGUAUAAAGAGUAAGAAACAUAUAGAACUACAGGCAAAAUGUCUUUCGGAGACACCUGUAGAGAUUUGUGGAAAAAGAGAAAAAGAUGAGAGUCAAGAGUGCAGAAAGCAGAAAAAAGACACUGAAUAUGAAGCUGAAAAUAAAAAAGACAAUACAGGAAGUGAACAUAGAAUGAACAAGGAGAAAGAAAGCAUAAGAUACGAUAAUCUUGAUCUUGGUGAGUUAGGGAAGUCGAAAUAUAAGCAAAUGACUGAGAAUGUCGUUACGGGUUUAAAUAUUAUGGAAGAGGAAGCAGAGGCACAAAUCUGCAAUACAACGUACAGCAUAUCAGAUUUCACUGAUGAUUAUUGUAAGGAGAAGGAGGUAAUAAUGGGAAAACAAAAUGAACAAACACAAGAGAGUGAUAUGGAAAAUGAGAGCAGUAGUAACUUCGUUGGGAAAACAGAAGAGCAAAUUUGUGUAGCAGACGCAGAAGAGUGUAAUGUGCACACACUCAAAGAUAUUCUGGACUGCACUACUUCUGGACAGGAAGGGUUUCUCUCCCCAGAGGAAGUCUACAAGAAGUAUUCAGCUGCAUCUCUGCGCAGUAUCACUACUGAGGUGUUGAAGGUUCUCAAUGCUACUGAAGAUCUUAUCCAGGGUGCCAUGGGUCUUAGCCAAUCAGAAUCAUGGCAUAGGCCUUCCCUUCCUCCCACGCAGAGCAGGAGACUAGAUGAGCAGCUCAGCAGAAUAGAGGAAAAUGUAUAUGUGGCUGCUAGUGCCGUAUUUGGGCUGGAGGCUGAACUGGGAGAUCUUGAGGAGUGUGCACGCAGCAUCAGUGGAGAUACCACAGAGGAAGAACUCUCUCAGCUGGAGGAACAGGUGGCAUCAGCUGCAGCUCAAGUAAAGCAGUCUGAGCUCCAGGUGACAGACAUUGCAGCAAGAAUUGCAGCUCUGAAAAAUGCUGGCCUUAAUGUAGCCCCACAGACGCGUUUUGCCAAGCCACAAACCAUAGAUUCAUCUCGCCAGCACCGCCGCCGCCUGCCUGCACCGCCAAUGCAAGGCAAAAAGACGUAGUGAGGCCAGGAGCUCAGGAAGCAUCACUUUACAGCCAAACAAGCAGAACCUCUGUGCCUUUAAUCAGUGAAUUACAGGCCCAAACAACCUUUUCUGUUAAACAUAACCAAAUCAUGCACUCCAAAACUGAUUCUGAUCACUAUUGCCAGACUAUGAGAAUUUUUAAAUGGUCAAAAUGUAAAAGAAAAACAAAAAAAAAAGACCAAAUAUGAUCAUUAUGUGCAUAAUAUAAUUUAAUAUAUUACAGGGUAGAUUUGCUGGAUAUCUUGAUAAGGGCAUCUGCUAAAUGCUGUAAACGUAAACAGUAGGUUAUAUAUGUUCUAGGCACAUACUGUACAUGAGAUCAUAAGUUUUUGAUCCUUUGCCAAAUGCAUUUGAAAGAUUCUACACUGAUCAGGCUUUAUUAAUUUUGUUGUUAAAAUCUUAUUAUAACUCUUUUUAUUUCAACUCUUUCUACAAGAAACAUCUAAAUUUUGUUUUUCACAGCACCACUUUUAAGAACAUUGCUAACAAAUCCUGACCAUUUCUGUGCAAUUAGCUAGUAAAGCCUUCCAGAGAAAUACAUUUACAAGAAUCACACACUAGAAUCAUAUAUACAAAUAAAAAUGUGUAGUUAUUUAGUGUGCAUUAAAAUUCUUUAUGUAAUAUCA